AUGGAUGCACGACAAGCUGCACAGUUUGGCAAUAUAUCAAGAUUGCAAGAACUAUUAGAUUCUGGAGAAUGUACGCCUGAUACGCUGGAUGCUGAUGACUGCUCUUUACUACAUUGGGCCGCUAUUAACAACCGUUUGUCCGUAACUCGAAUAUUAAUCGACCGCGGUUGCAAUGUCAACGCAGUUGGUGGCGUACUUGCUUCAACACCACUUCACUGGGCAGCACGACACGGUCACACACAUAUGGUUGCUUUAUUGGUUGCUCAUGGAGCUGAUCUUCAUCUAUGUGAUGUUGAAGGUUUUACUCCUCUUCAUGUUGCUGUGCAGUUUGGAAGAACUUCAACAGCUGCGUAUUUAAUUGCUACAGGACAGUCUGCCGAUGAAAGGGAUGAAACAAGAAUGACACCGGCAAUGUGGGCAGCGUAUAAGGUUUUCAGUCGCGAUCCUCUCCAGAUGUUAAUAACAAUGGGUGCUGAUUUGUCUUGUACCGAUACAACUUACGCAAAUACAGCUUUGCAUUGGGCUGUGAUACGGCGUAAUCAUUCGGCAGUUAAUGUUUUGAUAAAAUAUAAUGCCGAAUUAGUGCUUCGUAAUCGUGAUAAUGAAACUCCUCGCGAUGUUGCAACACGACGAGGAGAUGUCAUUAGUGCACGGAUUUUAGAAAGGGCUGAACGCAGAAAAGGACUGAUCUCUUCUACUUUUAUCCAGUAUGUGAAGGAAAAUGAUGUAUUAAUAUCCCGAAUAAUGUUUUUUCUACCCAUAUGUACUAUGGUGGCUGUGGGUAUAAUUUUGCACAUUAUUUUAUCGUAUACGAUCAAGGCUUUAUUACUGUUAUUAGUUGGUGUUCUUGGACGAACCGUUUACAGGUCACUCGGAAGAGAUCGGAGUUUCUACAUCAUACCUUUAGGCGCAGCAGUCGCAUCGAAAAUUAUUUUGGCAGUGACUUGGCUACUGUAUCUGCAUGCCUUUGCCGGAUGGUAUUGGCAAAUUAGUUUCGUCAUCUUUGUAAUACUUGCGCCAGUAUUGUUUUUAUGGAUUGUUUUUUCCGAUCCUGGCGUCAUCACUGUGUCUCAUAAAGAACGGUGUGAAAUGAUACGCGAUAUGUGGGAGAAAGAAAAUCAACCAGCAGUCUCAUUUUGUAGCACAUGUUUACUAAAAAGGCCAGCAAGAUCAAAGCAUUGCUCAGUGUGUGAUCGUUGCGUCAAAAGGUUUGAUCACCACUGUCCAUGGGUUCUGAAUUGUAUUGGAGAAAAAAAUCAUUUACACUUUGUUUUUUAUCUCAGUAUUGUCAUUGCUUCUUCACUGCAAUUUCUUGUUGCAACUUUCCACUUGUUACCAUUUUUGGUAAUAUACUGGCUACAAGAGUGGCAAAAGGAACAUUGUUCAAAACUUUAUCGAUUAGAUGAGCAAGGUGCAAGAUAUGAAACAGCGAUAGUCAUUGAACAACCAGAGUACAAUAUGUGGAGAAAUUGGCGUGAUUCAUGUGGUGAGAUCUCUCGAGCAAAUAUUACAUACUGUAAUCCUUGGGUGACCUAUGUUUUUGUCAUAGCUCUUUAUCAUUUUAUAUGGACAAGCGCAAUGUUCGUAUUUCAAAUAUAUCAGAUACUUUGUGAAAUGACAACAAACGAAAGACUUAACGCUUAUAGAUAUGAACAUUUUCACUCAACCGGAGACCACUUAACAAUAAAGAGCCCGUUUUCGAAAGGGAUAUUACAGAAUUUAUAUAAUUUCUGUUGUGGUGGUGCCAUUGUUUCUUCCGAAGAAGAGAACCUGUUAGGCUAG